AUGGCACUACGACUAUACGGAUGCGGCGAGAACAGCGAUGGUUACCUUGGUGAACCUCGAUCCUGCCUGCGUCGCUCUGUCGGCGAAAAGCAUUGCUGCGAACACAAUAAUCAAGGAAAAGAUUGUUUAUACUGUCCGCUAUGGCCGCUCAAACUUAGAUCUUUAACAAAGCCCAGCCAGAAUAUUCGCAUCAUCAGCUGCGAUGAUGGGCCCACGUUUGUGCAAGCUGACGAUCAUUUGAAACAUCUUAGCCAUCAUCCUCUUGACGAUGAUGAACUCGCCGUUGUCACGGAUGCAAUACACCCAAGCCGGAUCGAACAAGCUAUUGUGCUGUCAGGAAGCCAUAGGGCAGCCUUUCUCUGCAAUAACGGGAAGCUGUAUAUCCUCCUCACACAGGAUGGGAAUGAUCGACCUUCCACGCGAGUGAAUUCCAUUCCGGGAAGGCAAAUCUCUCAUAUUGCGGUACGGAGUGCGCGCAUGCAUAACCCGGCUCUUAUCUCAGGGGCAGUUGCCCUCGUUCUCGAAAGUGACUCCCGCACCGUUGUUUCCUUCGACUCAUGGCUGCCGAUGAUUGCCUGGCUGACGGACAAUGAGACCAAGCAAGACCCCACAUACUCGGUGACGUUUGCAACUCCUAUAGUCAAGCUUACCAGUAAAUUCGCUGCGCUCGACGAGGCUGGUACUGUGCAUGUCUGGGGUGAAAAUGGAACCGUUCAACCUCCCGAUCCACCGGACGAGGAUGAAGCGUUUGAAGAGGCAUGGAAUCGUUAUGUUCUUUUUGGUGAUCCAAUCCAACGAUGGCCAUCUCGACUACCUGAAGCACUGGAUUACACGCCUCGGAGCUUACCACUACCGCCUAUCGAAAAGCUGGCAACAGGGGGAUGUUACAAUGUUGGUAUCUCUCGUGCGGGACAGCUGUUCAUCUGGAGCUACAGAUCGGAGAAAUGGCCCGAAAUCGCAGAUGUUAAUCCGAUGAGCGCUGCCGAGUUCAAGGAAGCUGUCAUUACGACUGAUACUGGCAACCGCCUCCAGAUCGUCGAUGCAGCUGCAGGACGGGCGCAUGUUGUCGCUUUGGCCGCAGAUGGGUCGCUAUGGUCUGCAGGUGAUGGACUCAAUGGGCAAUUGGGCAUAGGGAUCAGGCAGUUUGGACUAUGCACGGGAGAUGGGGAUACUGAUAUCGCGGCUAACGACACUGGGGAGGAGUUUGCCGUGCAUUGGCAAAAGAUGGAUGCUGCAGGAAUAUGGGCGAUGGACAGAGAUGCGAGGCCGUUUUUUGCGAGGGAGAUCAUACAUUGA